AUGGUACCUCAACACUCUACUGUUGAGGCUGGUCCUGAGAUCUACGUUGAGCACAACGAUGUUCUAGUCCUACCUAUGAGUAAUGGUAUUUCUGGUUGUCUGGGCGACAACGUUAACGACAAGCAUUCUAUCGGUUCUAUCGUAACUGGUAACUCUAAUGCUCUGUUUAACGGUAAGGAAGAUUCGUCUUCCGUCUACCCUGAUCGGAUGCACUGCACUCCGACAUUCGGCAACGAUUCUUCUACUAGUGCUGUUUCUAUCUCCGAUGGUCGCGGUCUACGUGGUUUACCUAUUAAUCUGGGUACUGUCUACAUGACUGGUGUCACAAGAACGCCGACCCUUAAAGCCUCUACUAAGAAGCGUGCUAUUAGCGCUACUCGUCAUUCCUCUAGAAUUGCCAAGCCUUGCGCUGAUUCUAUUGAAAAUGAAAGUUCCUUAUCUAACAAGGAACGUCGGUCUAGUCUCGGUGAUAUAUCCGAUGCUACUAAUGGUAAGUCUGUAUCUACUCCCAAGAAUGGUAACUCUGGUGAUGAUCCGGUUCCUCAACCUUCUGCUUCGUCGUCUAGUGGGUUUAAGACUAUUGAGGCUGACUCCACUACACCCCUCGAGGGUAAUGGUGACAGUUCUAAUAUAUCGGGUAAUGAUGAUCUGGCUAAUUCUAGUAAGAAGACUGUUGCUACGGCUGUACCCUCUGCUGUUAAUGUUCUUAAUGGUAAUGGUAUCUCUAGCCAACAUCCCAACACUACUGCUAAGCACUCUACUGGCCCUGUUAAUGCUACUAUGCCGGUUACUCCUAUUGUGCACCAAGGAUUCGUCCAGCCUACUAAUCCUAUUAUCGAUGGAUCUACGGGUUUCUAUCCUAUUCCUGUUAACCCUUUUUCAUCUAAUGCGCAGUCAAGUGUUGGUGCCUCUAAUUUCCAAUGGGGCUACAUCCCUGGCCCUAAUGGGGGCUUAUCUCUAGUCCCCUAUUCGGUUGUUGGUUCUCCAUCUAUGAUGCCCUCUAUGCCUAUUGGUGUAACUGGUACUAAUACUACCGACGUUGGCCACGAAUUACAACAACCAUCUACUCAAGGUCCUCUAUCCCUUGACCGAUAUCAAAACGGUCAGAUUGCUUCUCGUGGUUCUCGCUGUUCUAGUCGCUCCGUUCGUGAGUCCUCUAGGGACAGGAGAAUUGGUGAUUUUUGCCACUCUAGGGACUCCGGCCAUGGGUCACCUAGGAGUAGACAAGAUCACAUCUCUGUUGCAUCUAGCCAACAUAGUUCCUGCUGCUCUAGAGCUUCUGAGUCCUCUAGGGACAAGGGCUCCUCUAGUUCUCGUCAUUCUAGUCGACCUCCUAGGAAGACUUCUAAGAAUGAGAGUUCAAAUGGUUCACGCCACUCUCGUCGUCGUGAAGAUUCUAAGCGUUCCCAAGGCUCUAAGUCUUCUACGUCUUCUAGAAGGUCUUCGUUAUUAUCUGGCGACGGCGAACCACCUCGUCGAUCUCCAUCUAAUGUGCCCAAGACCGGUCUAGCUGAUGGAUUUGUCCCAACUUCCGCUCAAGGUGGUCUCUAUGGUAGUCGCUUUUAUCAACCCCCUAAUCGUGCUCCUCCCUCUUACGGUGCUAUUUGUCCGGGUUGCGGUUCUCAACCCUGUCGAGCUAAGAUUUCUACUAAAGAAUUCGAAGCCGCUAGGUCCAUCGCCGAGAAGAAGCCUCUAAAGCCUAUCUUCAAGGGAGAAGGGGAUUCGAGAAGUGGUUCUACUAUUGUUAGAGAGAUCGACUUUGUUUUAGAAGGUCAUGAUGCGGUCACUCGGUAUCUAUGGGCUAAUAGUAAUAUUGAGCCCUCUACUUGGCGCAAGCUCAUCAAGGGUACUCAACCCCCUGCUAAGUGUUAUCUAGACUAUGAGAAACAUCUCGCGCGUCUACAGCGUCAACUCCGUUCCUUCUACGAUGAUGAAGAUUCUAUUGCUAAGGCUAAGAUUUCAUUCUUCAUGUGUGAGCAAGGAACUUCUGAGUCUCUAUCUGACUAUGUCAAGAGACUAGAGUCUACUGUUACUGAGCUGCAUCUAAUGGGUAUUAUGACUUAUGAGUAUGAUAUGAAGAGAAGACUAUAUGAUGGUCUACAGGCUGAUUAUCUACGUGAUAAGGUCGACAGGGAGUUAGGUGAUUCUACUAUUACGUUCGAUGAGUUCGUGCGUCUACUGACUGGCUAUGAACGUCGUCGAUUGGGUAGAGUCCGCCGUCAAGCUCUAUACAACCAAGUGGCAAAUACCUAUUCAAAAUCGUCUAAUGAAUCUGGCAAAACUACUAAGGCUGAUAAGAACCCCAAGUCUAGAGGUUAUCCUAAUCCUAAUUCUCAGAAGGUUAAUACGGUUGUCGGUGAUGUCGACGAUGACUCUAACCUCGAUGCCCACGUCUAUGCUGUUGGCGCCGACUCUAUGUCUAUACAAUGUUAUCGUUGCACCGGCGUUGGUCAUCCGGCUAGACUCUGUCGAGGCAAGGUGAGCAAUUUAAGCUCAAGGUGCAACAAGUGCGGUAACUCUAAUCAUGUUACCGAUCAGUGCAAUGUUCCCGACAAGAGUCUCUAUUGUCAGAGAUGUCGUAAGAAAGGACAUCUAGCCUAUGUCUGUCGGGCCGACAAACCGGUCGAUGGUAUAUCUAAACCAGCUAAGAAGAACAAUAAGAAGUCUAGUGAGGUUCAAGUUGAGAGCAAAAAGAAGCCUGUCAAGGACGAGCCCUCUACGCCGACUCCUAAUGCCAAGGUUACUAAUCCUAAGACCAAGGCCCAUCUAGUCUCACGUGAGGAUGCUGAAUCCUACCUUAGAGUCUCUACUCUAGAAGGUUCAGAUUCACAGUGCUCUAAGUGCAGACGUAUCACUAAUUGCAGUCUCUACACUGCGUCGUCUAAUAAUAAGGAGCUCCGCUUCGAUGAUCCUUCGGCUCUCGGUCAUAUUAAUGUCGCCAAUGGCUCUACCUUGUCAGUUCUCGGUAAAGUCGAGCUAGAGGUUGGAUAUGGCUCUACAUUCGUCAAGGACUCCUUCCUUUUGGCCUCUAAUGAACUCAGUACUCCAGUCAUCAUUGGUUGUUCUACGAUGGCUAAACUUCGUACCACUAUAAGUCUAUCGCCAGAAGGUAUCCAAGUCAUCAUCGGUGGUUCUACUGGUUCAUCUAAAGUUAACGCUCUAGAUCUUCUAGAUGGUCGCUUGUCUGUCAAGGAGAUGGAUUGGGCUAGGAAGGUUAUGGUUAUGCAGGUCAGUCAUUACUCUAAGGUUGUGCCAAGUCUACGUGAUCUAACGGUCAAGUCUUCUUUAACUAUCGAGUCCCUUGCCAAAGCCAACUCUCUAAGUGGUCCGAUUGGUCUUUAUCAAGAUCUCUAUCACGAAUCGUGA